CCCUCCCCCACCCCCUCGGGCCACCCGCUCUUGAGUUGGAGACUCCUGGCUCCCGUUCGGCUCACAGUCCGGGCAACAGAGGGACACGGGAAUGGACACAGAAGGGAGUCAGAGCAGCCUGUCGUCCUCCACGCAGGACUCCCCGCACGACCCCUGCAAAAUGUUCAUCGGCGGGUUGAGCUGGCAGACGACACAAGAGGGGCUGAAGGAAUACUUUUGUAAAUUCGGCGAGGUGAAGGAGUGUAUGGUGAUGCGGGAUCCGGUUACGAAGCGGUCGAGGGGGUUUGGAUUUGUCACCUACGUAGACCAGACCGGUGUGGAUAAAGUUUUGGCCCAAAACAGACACGAGCUGGAUUCCAAAACAAUUGACCCUAAGGUGGCCUUCCCACGCAGAGCUCAGCCGAAGCUGGUAACAAGAACAAAGAAGAUCUUUGUUGGAGGACUGUCUGUCAACACCACCAUCGAAGACGUGAAACAGUAUUUCGAUCAGUUCGGAAAGGUUGAUGACGCGAUGCUAAUGUUUGACAAAACCACCAACAGGCACAGAGGUUUUGGCUUUGUGACCUUUGAGAAUGAAGACGUGGUGGAAAAGGUCUGCGAGAUCCACUUUCACGAGAUCAACAACAAGAUGGUGGAGUGCAAAAAGGCGCAGCCAAAGGAAGUGAUGUCACCGACAGGUACGGCGCGAGGCCGCUCCAGGGUGAUGCCCUAUGGCAUGGACGCCUUCAUGCUGGGUAUCGGCAUGCUGGGUUACCCAGGAUUCCAGGCGGCCACUUACGCCAGUCGUGGAUACACAGGAAUCACACCGGGAUACACGUACCAGUUCCCAGAAUUCCAUUUAGAACGGACACCCCUUCUGACUUCCUCUCACCCCCCAGAGAUCACAGCCAUUCCACUGACAGCCUACGGACCAAUGGCAGCAGCCGCAGCUGCAGCGGUGGUCAGAGGUUCCACCCCCUCACGUACCGCAGGCUUCCUGGGCACCAGCAGCCCUGGGCCAAUGGCAGACCUGUAUGCAGCAGCCAAUCAGGAUUCAGGAGUCAGCAGCUAUAUCAGUGCGGCAAGUCCCGCCCCCAGCACAGGGUUCGGACAUGGACUCGGGGGUCCUUUGAUUGCAACGGCCUUUACUAAUGGCUACCACUGAGGGCGUCCAAUCAGAGUCCAGAAUGGGAGGUGAAACUCACGCGCUUGUGAACCGUGAGCACCACUGAUGACGUGACGUGCUUUUGGGACAAACCCCAUUGGCGUCCGCGGUCCCUCCUGACUCCGCUCUGGAGUUUCCACCUUUUCUUUUUCUCUAUUCUCUACUAACAUCACUUUUUCGUUUUCCUCAUCCCGUAUUUUCUUCCUGAGUCAUUUAUGAUAUGCUGCCGUCUGUCUUUUGAAAGAAAAAAAAUGAAGAAAAAAACAUUGUCAAAACAAUAUUGUUUGAUUGUACGCGCGGAAACACGCAAGGAAUUUCGUUUCCCCGGAUUUUUAUUUUGACAAGUUUUUCUGCAUUUCUUAUGUAUUUUUUGCUGACUGUGUUUUUAUGUUUUUACUGUACUCAUGCUGUAACGGAUGAUGUCGAGAAAGAAAGAGAAAGAGAGAGGAGCACGAAACUGGAAAAAAAGUUCAGGAUUUGUUUGCUUUUAAAACGAAUCUAAACAACACCGAACAAAUACAUGAGAAUGAAUCAAACGUAACAAAACAGGACAGGACAAAAAUGUAUAUUUUGGUAGUUUUUACACAGCAUUUGUAAUGUUAUUAAGAACAUUCAUUCGUAAGCUGAAUCGGUUAUUUUUUCCGUAAAAUUGGUUUUACACAAGAAACAACGGGCCUCAGUCAUGAAUUUCCUGCUUGAAUCUGCAUUUUCAGAUGUAAGAAUAUUUGAGACAUUUUCACAGAAAUCCGUUUUUGCUCAUGUUGAGGCUCGUUGUUCGGCUUCUUUUUGUAGAUACUGUACAUAUGCAUGGAUUUUGGGAGGGUUCAAGGGUUUGGAUUGAACGAUGGACUAGGGGCUUUGGGAGGGUUGAGGGUCCUUUACGAUUUUUUAACAUGCAAACAUCUUUCUUCACAUUGAAUCUUGCAUUUCUGAGACUAGUUUCAUAACCAAGUUGGAUCAGUGUUGGUCUUUGGUUGUGCUUCUCUCGCUUUCGACUCCACUUUAUACUAAGAUCAAAAUUUUGAUGCUCUUUAGCCUAAAUUCUCCGAAUUAAGCGGACCCUUUGGUCGCUUCGGUUUUGUAUAAAUCCUCACGCUUGUGAAUUUUAAACCACGUUUUUGAUGUUUGCUGUCACUUAUGAGGCGUCAAACUACAUCGCUGAAAAAACAGGUUGCGUUUUCAUUUAAAGCAAAAGAUUUGAUCCCGUUUUUGGGAAACGGAAACGCGGUCUUGUUUCGCCUCAUUUUCGAAGAGCACAGCUGCUGGGCUUCUCUUCAUGCUGUUUUUGGAAAUAUAUAUUAUAUAUAUAAUUUUUUGCGCAGUGUACUUUUAUUGUAAAUCUUUCCCUUUCUCCUUUAUCGUUUUUGACGGUACAACGCUGUUUUUUGAAGAAAUGAAGGACAAAUUUACAAAGCAAAGGAGUCUGAGCGCUGUUACACCUGUCGUUGUGUGUUUGGAUGUGCGUGUGUGAGUGUAAGUUGCGGCGACUGCUUAGACUGAAGUAUGGAUGUUCACGUAGCUAGUUUACAUGCAUUCAACUGCCACCUUUGAAACUGUCUCGUCUCUGCCAGUAACGGAGAGGAACGUCUCUGACAUCACAGCUCUAAUGGAGGCCUUCUGGGAAAAUUACUUCACACUUGACUAACAAUACACAUCCAGAGUGUUUUUUUUUUUUUUUUUUUUUUUUU